AUGAAUCCUUGUAGGAACCUGGAUGAAUCUCGAAACAGGGCUUUGAGAUAUAUCAGACUUAAAGACGACAAGAAAAUGCAAGAGAGGAUGAAUUCAUCCUCGACAUAUGAAUCAACGAGCAGGAAAUCGGAGUCCUCAUACAAACCAUACCGCUCUAGGCCGUAUGGUAAAAAUGAUAGCAAGAAAGUGAAUGCUGUUGAGGACGAAGAUAUCGAAGAGUAUCCUGAAUUGUCAGAGUAUUGUUUGGGAGAUAAAGCGAGGUGGCCAAGGAAGAACCAGCAAAAUGCCGAUUGGAAGGAUAAAUCCAAGUGGUGUGCCUUCCAUGAGGAUUUUGGAUAUGUGACGGAAGAUUGCAUAGCCCUGAGGAAGGAAAUAAGCUUCCUACUAAGCAAGGGAUAUCUAAAAGAUCUUCUGGGUAGAAAGAAGAAUAAGGGUCAGGAUACUGAGAAGGAUCCUAAACAAGCAGCAUCACCUUUUCUAGACGCCAAGAUAAUCAACUUCAUAUCCGAAGGAUCCGAUAUAUGCGGAACCUCCUAUUCUACAGCAAAGAGACAUGCUAAGGAGGCUAAAGCAGAAAGAGGGGACAAGCCGACGAGGAUGACAACACUUACGACUGACAAAUUGAUAACAUUUGAUAGUGAUGACCGGGACAGUAUUCAAAAUCCUCACCACGAUGGUUUGGUAAUCACUUUAUAUAUUGCUAAUCAUUUUCUACGCAGGAUAAUGGUAGGCAACGGCAGCUCGGUCAACAUCAUCCAGUUGGAAACCCUGAAGAGAAUGAAAAUACCCCAAAUGGAGAUCACUUCAAAAUCCACUGUGCUUGUAUGGUUCAGUGGAGAGGCAAAGAACACUGUUGGAUAA